GACAAUAUAAAUAGUGAGCAGUAUUAGGACAGAUCACAUAGCUGGAAGCAAAGCAGCGAGACGUGCUCGAGAUGAAGACGAUCUUCAUCCUCUUCGCUGUCCUCGGGAUAACAGCAGCAAAGGCUGUUCCUGCCCCCGGUAUUAGCGUACACACACGCGACCUCCAGGAUGACCUCAAUGACUUCCUCGCCCUCAUCCCCGUCGACGAAAUUGUCAACAUUGUGCUCGACCACUUGGCCAACGACCCUGAGGUGCAAGCUGCUGUUCAGUACAUACUCUCUGAUGACUUCAAGAGCAUUGUCCUGGCCAUCGACGCUCUCCCAGAAUACAUUGAUUUCCUCAACUACCUGCAAGAGUCCGGCCUCGAUGUCUACAAAUACGUGAACGCUCUACACGACUUCCUGGGACUGCCCCAGCUUACCCCUCCGUCCAAGCUGAGACGCACCAGGAGCAUCCGUUCCAUGGUCGACGAGAUUCUCGCCAUCUUGCCACUGGACGAACUCCGGGCUCUGUUCGACGAGAAGCUGGAAACCAGCCCCGACUUCAAGGAGCUGUACGACAGGAUCAGGUCUCCCGAAUUCCAGUCGAUCGUGGAAACUCUGAACUCGCUGCCAGAGUACCAGGAGCUGCUCCAGAAAUUGAGGGACGCUGGCAUCGACGUCGACGCAUUCAUUGACCUGAUUCGCGGUCUUUUCGGCCUGCCAACAAGCUCCAGCAACAAGGUUCGACUCCAUGUAUCUGCCAAGAAGGCCAACCGCGACCUCCAGGAUGACCUCAACGACUUCCUCGCCCUCAUCCCCGUCGACGAAAUUGUCGCUAUCGUGCUCGACCACUUGGCCAACGACCCUGAGGUGCAGGCUGCUGUUCAGUACAUACUCUCUGAUGACUUCAAGAGCAUUGUCCUGGCCAUCGACGCUCUCCCAGAAUACAUUGAUUUCCUCAACUACCUGCAAGAGUCCGGCCUCGAUGUCUACAAAUACGUGAACGCUCUACACGACUUCCUGGGACUGCCCCAGCUUACCCCUCCGUCCAAGCUGAGACGCACCAGGAGCAUCCGUUCCAUGGUCGACGAGAUUCUCGCCAUCUUGCCACUGGACGAACUCCGGGCUCUGUUCGACGAGAAGCUGGAAACCAGCCCCGACUUCAAGGAGCUGUACGACAGGAUCAGGUCUCCCGAAUUCCAGUCGAUCGUGGAAACUCUGAACUCGCUGCCAGAGUACCAGGAGCUGCUCCAGAAAUUGAGGGACGCUGGCAUCGACGUCGACGCAUUCAUUGACCUGAUUCGCGGUCUUUUCGGCCUGCCAACAAGCUCCAGCAACAAGGUUCGACUCCAUGUAUCUGCCAAGAAGGCCAACCGCGACCUCCAGGAUGACCUCAACGACUUCCUCGCCCUCAUCCCCGUCGACGAAAUUGUCGCUAUCGUGCUCGACCACUUGGCCAACGACCCUGAGGUGCAGGCUGCUGUUCAGUACAUACUCUCUGAUGACUUCAAGAGCAUUGUCCUGGCCAUCGACGCUCUCCCAGAAUACAUUGAUUUCCUCAACUACCUGCAAGAGUCCGGCCUCGAUGUCUACAAAUACGUGAACGCUCUACACGACUUCCUGGGACUGCCCCAGCUUACCCCUCCGUCCAAGCUGAGACGCACCAGGAGCAUCCGUUCCAUGGUCGACGAGAUUCUCGCCAUCUUGCCACUGGACGAACUCCGGGCUCUGUUCGACGAGAAGCUGGAAACCAGCCCCGACUUCAAGGAGCUGUACGACAGGAUCAGGUCUCCCGAAUUCCAGUCGAUCGUGGAAACUCUGAACUCGCUGCCAGAGUACCAGGAGCUGCUCCAGAAACUGAGGGACGCUGGCAUCGACGUCGACGCAUUCAUUGACCUGAUUCGCGGUCUGUUCGGCUUGCCUACGAGGAAAUUGUAAACAGUGACUGUCAACUGUUAAAUACAAUGUGUCAUUGCCCAUGGUGUCCAUUACGGGAAGACUGAAGUGUUGUUUUCUAACUAUGAGCACGUGAAUAAAUUAUUUUCCAGCAUAA